GAAGAGGUGAGCAUAGCCCCUUGAACUUCAUUACAUCUACUUAUCCCAUGCAUUCAGCUAGCACUGCAUCAUUACACACAAAAUAUGUGGAAACAUCAAUUCAACACCCAGCCCGUGAUCCCCGAAGAACAACCCUCCUUCUGCCGUGGACCAGAUCGAGCUCUAGCUCCAGCUCCGCCAAAUCUCCAAUCGAAUCUCCUACCGAACCCACACAAAACCCCCUCUCCACUACCCUCCGCCUCCUAAUGCGCACCCUCCCGCACUCAGUGGUCGUAGUCACGGCCUCGCAACUACGCUUCGACGGCGACUCUCCCGUCCCCGCCGCAUGCCUAAAACCCACGCGCCCGCAUGACUACCGCGGCGUGACGGUCUCCUCCUUCACGACCAUCACCUUGCAGCCCAAACCGAUUAUAAGCUUCAAUGUCAAGUUCCCGAGCCAGACGUUGGUGGCGAUUGAACACUCGAGACACUUUUUGGUGCAUGUGCUGGAGGCGAGUGAGGGUGGAGUGUCGAUUGCGGAUAUUUUUACGAAGGGAAAUAACUAUGCCAGAGAUUUCUUCUUGGGGGAUAAGAAGGGGUUUAAGGUGACGGAAGUGGAUGUGAUGACGAAGUUUGAAGGGAAAAUGACGAGUUUGCCGAUGUUGAGGGCAGAGGGUGUGAUGAGGGUGUUGAGGUGUAGUGUAUCGAAGGUGAUGAUGGUGGGGGAUCAUAGAGUGAUUAUUGCGAGGGUGGAGGAGAUUUUGGGGGGUGAGGAGGGGGGGUUAGAGGGCAAGACGGGCUUGUGUUAUGCGGAUGGAAGGUAUAGGGGGGUGGGGGAUUUUGAACAUAUUGUUGAAGAAAAGAAAGACGUCAAGGAUCGCCCUACCCUCGCUCACUUUAUCCAAAGCCGCCUGGAUUAAAAGCUCUCCGCGGACAUCGAUUGAGCAAGGGACUGUAAGAUUUGAGGUGUAAGAUCAAAGCAUGUAGAUGGAUAGACGGCAUAUUGUACAGAAAGAUAGAUUCCAAAGUAUAGCCAGAUACUGAUGCCGGAAAAGAAGGCUGUAAUCUCCAGGUCUGGGUAGCCAACCGUCCAAACAUCACGUGUCAGAUUUCCCUUUCUUUGCAAGGCUGCAACGGACAUUUUACUUAUGGUCGUUCUUUCUUUAUUGUAACUGUUGUUUCUCACGGGCUUCUCUACAGUCUCAUUCUGUAAUCAUUUGAC